CUCACAUCCUUGUCAAACAAUGCAGGGAUGAGAAAUUUUAGAAAAAUGCAAACAAUUAAGAUAACUUGGGCAGCCUUUGUGCUCCUCAUCCAAACAUUACAAUGUUUGGCUUCAGAUGAUUCAUCAUUUGAACUAACUAACAAGGCCACUGGUUUUUGUUUGGUUAAUACACAUGGUUUCUGCACUUCUGUUCGCUGGACAACUGGUGACCGACUUAUGGUUGACUUCUGGAAUGUGUACAAGUGCCUGGGAGCCCAGGGGAAGAGUGUGGGAAGUGGAGUGACCCUCUACGACUGUGACGAAAAGAGCGAACUCCAAAAGUGGGAAUGCAGGAAUGGAACGCUGCUCGCUCUCAAAGGCCAAGAGCUCUACAUUGAAAUCACUACAGAUAACACGGCCGUUCUCUCCAGAACAACAGGGCCCAAUAACCACCUCACAAUUCAAGGGACGUCUGUUGGUGCUUGCACAAGAACAUACAGAGAAUUUUACACCAUCGGAGGAAAUGCACACGGUCGAACCUGCAUGUUUCCCUUCUUGUACAAAGACAAGUGGUACGAAGACUGCACUACGUUUGAUUCCUCAACAGCGCGUCCAUGGUGUGCAGUUGAAACAAAAUUCGAACAUGAACUCUGGGGCUACUGCCCAACUAACUCCAAAGAACACUGGAAGAAACACAUCACAACAGGAGUAUAUUACCAACUCAACAUACAAUCAGCUCUGACUUGGACAGAGGCUGAAGCCAGCUGCAAACAGCAGAGCGCCUCACUGCUCAGCAUCACCGAUCCUCACGAGCAGGCUUAUGUGUCAGCACUAUUAGCAGCAGAGGGAAGGGGACAGGGGGACAAGCUUUGGUCUGGACUGGCCAUGGAUCAAGAACAUGGCUGGCAGUGGUCUAACGGGCAGCCUUACCGUUAUCUGAAUUGGGACUCAGGACAUCCACUUGGUAAACCUGGACACAGCUGUGGAAUAAUUGAUGGUGAUGUGCAGUACUCCUGGCAAAGUUCAACAUGCACCAAGAAACUGGGCUACAUCUGCAACAGUGACGGAACUGUGGCUCCUCCCACUGAAGCUGCUGAGACAGGAUUUUGCUCAGCACCUUGGAUUCCCUACAAUGGCCACUGCUUCCACCUUAAUCGCACCAAGAAAACAUGGUCUGAUGCUCAGAGAGCCUGCCACAUGGAAGGAGGGGACCUAGUCAGCAUCCGCAAUGUGGAGGACCAGGGCUUUGUCAUCUCUCAACUGGGAUAUGGAUCCACUGAUGAGCUUUGGAUUGGUCUGAAUGACAGGAGGACAGAGAAGCUGUUUGAUUGGAGUGACCACUCUACUGUCAGCUUCACUAGCUGGGCAUAUGGGGAACCAUCUCUAUCCGCUGAUGCAGAAGACUGUGUUCUCAUUAAUGGAGAGAAUGGGAACUGGGCUGACCGUGUAUGUAACGAGAAACAUGGCUUCAUUUGUAUGAAGACGAGCGCCUCUGAACCUUCUGGAGGAGAAGUGGAUCAGAACGUAGGCUGCAAAACGGGUUGGAAAAGACAUGGCUCAUACUGCUACUUUGUGGGGACAGCGACAAAGACGUUUGAUGAAGCUAAAGAGGACUGCAAGAGUUCAGACUCCUACUUGGCAGAUGUUUCAACGGGGGUGGAUAAUGCAUUCCUUGUCAGCCUGGUGGGCUUGAGGCCAGAGAAAUACUUCUGGAUCGGGCUCUCAAACCAGAGAGACAUUGAUCAGUUUGUGUGGACCAACACAGACACAGUGAGGUUUACUCACUGGAACACUGGAAUGCCAGGUCACAAUCAGGGCUGCGUUGCCAUGACAACGGGGAUUUUGGCUGGCCUCUGGGAUGUGUUGCCCUGCACCAAUAGAGAGAAAUACAUCUGCAAACACCAGGCAGAGGGGGCAGUUUUAACCCCUGCCCCACCAACUGUUUCCCCUCCCAAAUGUGCGGAUGGCUGGACUGAACUGGGAUCAAGACACUACUGCUAUAAGUUCUUUCAAGAGUCAUCCUCAAAGAAGAGGACCUGGUAUGAGGCCAGAGAUUACUGCAGGGCCAUCGGAGGAGACCUCCUAAGCAUCCACAGCGCAGUUGAGCAACGAAUGCUACCAGAUCGCUAUGGGACAGCCUGGAUUGGACUUAGUGCCCCUGACCCAGUCACUGGUUACGUAUGGAGCGAUAGAUCCCCAGUAAAUUUCCAACACUGGAGCAGUGGAGAGCCAAACAACCAAAAUAAUGCAGAAUCUUGUGCUGAAUUCAUUGGCCAUAAGAGGGACUGGAGCGGGUCUUGGAACGAUGAACAAUGUGAGAAAUACAAUGGAUGGCUUUGUCAGAUCCGUGCAGGAAAGACACCAAAGCCGCCUCCAGACCCUGUCAAACCUAACUACAAUGAGACCUCAGAUGGGUGGCUGGAAUGGAAUGGAAAUCAGUAUUAUAUUAAUACAAGACGGAUGGCCAUGGAAGCAGCUCGUCACUUCUGCAAACAGAAGCAUGGUGACUUGGUGACUAUCGACAGUGAUGCUGAAAGUGUCUUUUUAUGGAAACAGAUAUCCAAACUUUAUGGGUCUUUCUGGAUAGGCCUGACUGUGGAUCUUGAUGGAUCAUUUUCGUGGAUGGAUGGUUCUCAAGUGGUGUUUCAAAAGUGGUAUGAAGGUCAGCCUGAUUUCAAGAAUUAUGAUGAGAACUGUGUUGUCAUGGAGCAAUAUACUGGGUUCUGGCAUGAUUAUAACUGUGGCUUCGAGCACCGGUCAAUUUGUAAACGUAAUGGCUCACCACCUGCCAACACCACUGUAGCACCAACAGUUCCCCCCAAAGGUGGCUGCCUACCACACUGGAAAAAAAUUAACUCCAAGUGUUACUCCAUCAUAAACAACCAGAAAUUAACAUGGGAUGGAGCAAGGAAACAAUGCCAAGGAAUGGGUGGAAACUUGGCUUCUAUUCCUUCCAGACAUGUGAAUGCAUUUUUGACAUCUGAGAUGGCUGCCGCGCCAACUACAGACCUAUGGAUUGGUUUGCAUAGUUUCCAUCAAGGUAAAUUUUUAUGGACUGAUGGGCGACAAAGGUCAUAUGUCAACAUGGAUUUCAAGCAGAUGCUUUUGCGAGGGUACAGGCCUAUGCAUUUCAGAAGGUUUCGAGAGCAUUUUAGCUUCUACGAUCAUUUGCAAGAGGACAAAUGUGUUGUGAUCAACACCAAUCCUCUCCUUGGUAUUGGUAAAUGGAUACCUAAGUCCUGCAAUGACACCAAUGGAUUUAUCUGUCUUCGAAAUGUUGAUCCAGCUUUCCCAGACUCCCCUGAACCAACAGUUCCUACCAACUAUGUCAAAAUGGUUAAUGACUCCAUCAAGGUUGUUACUCAGCCAAUGACCUGGAAUGAUGCCAAGAAGUACUGUGAACAUGAUAGUGCCAACCUGGCUAGCCUGCGAAAUGACUGGUCACAGGUCUACAUUGAGCUGAUGGCUUUGAAUCUCAAAGCUCCUCUGUGGAUUGGACUGAACAAAGUGCAGACCAAUGGCUACUUCAGAUUUAUUGAUGGAUGGCAAAUGAGAUUUACGCGCUGGGGUCGAAAUGAACCAAGCAGAGACCGACCUUGUGUCUACGUAGAUAAUGAUGGAAAAUGGAAGACUGCUUACUGCAACGAGACCAUGAACAGUGUUUGUAUGAAGUCUACAGAUGUGCCACCGACAGAGUCAAGUCUUUAUCCAGGAAUUUGCCCUGAAGACCCAAGUUCAUUGAGCCCAAAUCAGAAUUAUUUCUGGCAACCAUUUAAGGGUUAUUGCUACAUAUUUUUCACAGAGGAACUACGGUGGUCAGAUGCAGCUGCUAGCUGUGCACGACAUGGUGGGUCAUUAGCCAGCAUUGAAGAUCCCUCUGAGCAGGAAUUCAUUGAAAGUAAUGUGGGAAUAUAUAAAGACAGCCACUCUUCUUUCUGGCUCGGCUUGUAUAAAAGUCACAAAGAGGAGUGGUUGUGGUUGGACAGAACAGUCAUGGACUACACUAACUGGGAGGAAGGUGAACCUGAUUCUGAGACCCAUGGAGCAAUUACUACAUCAGAUGGAAAAUGGAAGACAGGCACAUAUUGGUAUCGUAAACCCUACAUCUGCAAAACAGCCAAAGUAUUACCACCAACACCAUCACCAUCAGUCAAAGUUGGGAUUAGUCAUCAUCAACGUAGCUACAUAAUUGUGGCAGUUGUGCUGACCAUCGCUGGGAUCACCGUGGUGGCAAUGAUUGCCCUCUUUCUCCUCAACAAGUCUGGUCGGCACUUACCCAUCCCUGACAAAUUAACCACCUUUGACAACCCACUCUUCUUCAGCAAUGAGCAGUCCCCCCCUGAUGUGGUUGACACAGGUAAUUCCACUGGUAUGAAUGCAGAGGAAGAGAACCCUGAGCCUGUUAAGACUAUGUGACUUUGAAAAAAAGAAUCUAACAGGACAAGUAUUUAUCUAGGACUUGAGGUUACCGACUCUUGCAUGGCCAGUGAUUUCAGUCAGUUCUGAAAUGGGAGGAGUUUCAACGAAGCUGGCAAUGAGAAAGACUGGUUAAUUCAAUGUUCUGAGAAGAAUUUGACAUUCUUUUUUUAAAAAAAACUUUAUUAUUACUAUUAGUAUUUGUGUAUUUUUUUUUACCUUUGCUACAUACUGGCUGCUGUGUAAAGCUAAGAGCUAGAACGUCUAGUUAACAAUAAACAAAGCAAUAUAACAAACAUUAUUAUAACUGCAUUUCAUUAUUUUAACUGUUACACGACACAUAUCUUUAUCUGACUUGAAUUUCUAGUCAUAAAAACAACAUCACUGAUGGAUAUUUUUCAUUCACUAUCUUUCAGUUUUGUACUGUGACCUCUCAGAAAGGUGACUCCUUUGGUUUUAAGCUAAGUUAGCCUGGCUUUCAGCUGGUGUUUUUCUUAUUGUCAACAAAUCUAAUAUAAAUAUCAAAACCAACAUUGGAUGUUCAAAACUAAAAUGAUUUUUUGUUGUUUUGGAGAACGGUAGAGAUCUAUAGCACAGAGGUGUAAUUAAUUCAGCUGAUCAGCUUUCAGACCACAGAUCAUGCUUAAAAUCACAUUCUGCUAAGAGGCUUAAUUUAUUUAAAGUGGACCAAAUUGUCAUGAGGUGUAUCUGCAGGGGGCCAAAAGGGGAAAUAUUAAGGCCAGAUUGUGCUGAAAUACACAAAAAGAUUUGACUACAUAUGAAGGAUUACCAAACUCUCAAUUCGUAUUUGGGGUUUCCCAGUUCCUUUGUCUACUAAGCAUUUGUACUUGUACAUCUCACCUGUUUGACCUCUUACUCACCACCGGUGUUCUCAGUUCACUUCUCAGAUACAUAGAGACCACUUCCUCUUUCACACUGCAUUCUUUUCAAAAUGAUACAGAUCAAUGUUGUUCCAUCAUUUUAGUCCAGUUGACCAAAUCACACUGUCUGUAACUCAUUACCAAUGAAUUCUAACAGUGUAUAAACCAUUUUCAGUAGAGAACUAAUUAUCACUGAGUAGAGAUUAGUCAUCAGGGAUGUUUAACAUAUUAUUUCAACAUCAUACCUCUACACUGAAAAAAACACUUUUAACUGCAAUGUCAUUUACAAACAAUACUUAAUAAAAUCAUGUAAAAGAAAGUGUUUUUGCAAGCCAUUCAUUAAAAAACAGGCAAAAACUGUAAAUGAUAUUCACUGCAAGAUGUUUUUUUUAAACAUUGUUUAAUCAUAUAUCAUUAAGUCAUUUUACCACUUCAAAACCUGUCAAAUUUGUUGACACAUUUUACAUAUACAUUAUUUGAAAAUAAAUUGAAUUAAACUCUAAAAAAAGUAUUUUUAGAAAAUAAUUAAACAUAUUAUGAACUGCAUAAUUAUAUUUAAGCCUUGCUUAAAUAGCUGCAUGCUGCCUCUGUGGGCAAAACUACAAAAUAUAUUGAUCACUUUUUAAUAAUGUGUAAUAUAGUAGACUUUGUGAAAUCAAAGUCCUAUGCUGCACACAGUAUUUUUCAUCUUGUGACAAUCUGCAAUGAUAUUGUAGCAUGUUCCCAGCAUGUUUUGAGACAAUGUGGUUGUAGACAUUAGAUUAUGUGAAAUUGUGUUUUAAAUCAUUAAAGCUGUUACUUGACUCAU